UUCUCCAAUACCUGUUUUGUUCGUUUUUUUUACGUAUUGUAUUUAUCCUCGGAGGUUUUAAGCUAUUUUAUAAAUUAAGUGCCUUAUAUUUAUAGCGUAUUUAUAAUGUACAGCAAUAAAAUACAUCCGAAAUUGAAGUCGAUUAGCGUAUUUUCCAUGAUGGAAAUUUGUGGGGACAACACUUCUGCAUUGUUGUUUUUAGAAGAGUCGGGCUUAGUACCUUCAAAAAAAUCAAUUCCUCCACAAUGUUGCGGUAUUCCCAUGAAAGUGGAGAAUGAUGUUCGCAGAAAAUUGGGCUGGAUGUGGCGCUGCAGAUCUUCUGUAAGUAAAGGGAGCGCUUCGAACUGUCGUAAAAUCUUAAACCCAAGCGAUGGAUCCUUUUUUGAUGGUAAAUUUUGUCAUAUUUCGAUCGCUGAUGCACUGGCCAUCUUAUUUUGCUUCGUAAUGGAUGUGAGGAUUAUUUUUGCACUGAAACAUUUGAAUGCUUAUCGUCAGCGCAAAGGUGAUGCAACGUCUUUGAGCACUGGGACUAUCACCGACUAUUACAGCCAUUGCCGAGAGGUGACAGAGAUCAUCUCAUCGCAUACAGAUCUGGAGCUGGGUAAUUUAGGCAGAAUAGUCUUAUUUGAUGAAACAUUUUUAGCAAAACGAAAGUACAAUCGAGGCCGAUUUAGCGAAGAGCUGACCAUUAAUGUGGUAGGUCUAUUUUGUAAGGAAGAUAGAACGGGACUCUUUUUUAAAAUUAAUCAUACGAGCAUAGAGAACUUGUGGCCAUAUAUCGCCGAACUUGUAGACCAACGAAAGCCACAGAACGAUGUCUUUUCCGACGAAGAGGAAAGUGAUUAUAGCUUGGAAGACGCCUUUCAUAAGGGAAGAAUUUUAAACAGUGUUUCCUCAGCUAAGAAGACACCACCACUCAGUCAUCAAAAUAUGGGUGCAGCCUUUUACAGACGCCAUUAUUUGGCGAAAUUUGAAACUGAUGGGGAAAGAAUAACGACAUUCCUUCAACACAUAAGAGAAGUUUAUCCUGGAUAUCAAGGUGGUGUGUUGAAAACGGGACUAUUUUUGAAAGAAAUAGAUCCAAUUUCUGAAACAUCCGUCUUAAAAAAGAGAAAACUGGAAGAAAAGGAGGAGACGGAAAUCGUGAUAAUUUAAUGAUUUGUUUACUUUAGCACAAGAGAAUUGCAAAGCAAAUGUAUAACUGAAUGCAAUUAAUUUAAUAUUUACAAACUACUUAGUAAGAUACAUUAAAUUAGCUAAGCAUUACUGUUUUCUAUUGAGAUUAUGUUUAUUAAAUUGAGAACAAGUUAUUUAAAAAGUACCUGCCUCAAAGCAAAUGACGUCUGUUUUGUGUUAAAAAGAAUAUAUUAUAUUUGAUCAUGGCAAGCUCCCAAGGCUUAAUU